GGUGGAUAAGAGGAGGAAGCCUGGCCCCCACAACCACAGCAUGAAUUCUUUGAGUCAGAAGACUGAAUUGCUGCUAGCAAUGCGCUCUGGUGAUCAGAUUUCUUUCGACUGACUAUUAAGAGACAGGAAAGACGAAGUACAGGGCAGAAGUCCAGGAUCCGCUGUUUGAAGUCGGCGCUUUGAUCUGCCUCAACAGCUCCAUUCGGACCAAUGCGGGGGGGCUAAAACCUGGCCUCCAUCGCCCGUCAUGUCGCAGCGCUCUUCAGUUUCGUCCUCUGCGACUUCAGCAGUAGUGAACCAUCGAACGGGCUCGCUCGAUGCCGCGACGCCCUCCCACGGAUCUGCCGCUCCUCCUGUUCAGUCUCCCGUACUACAAAAUUACUCCACGCAGCAGCAGCAGCAGCAGCAGCAGGAACCGACGACCCCGACUACAACUGCACAGCCGCCACAAAACAAUCCCCAUUCUCCCUCUGCGAGUCUCAAUGCGCGGAGCUGUGUGACCUGCCGUCGACGCAAGGUUCGCUGCAACAAGCGGCAUCCGUGCUCCAACUGUGUCAAGGCCGGUAUUGAAUGCAUUUUCCCCGGCCCAGGCAGGGCUCCGAGGAAGUCGAAACGCCCCGCGGAUGUUGAGCUGCUCUCGCGACUGCGACGUCUAGAGGGAGUGAUCGAGCAGCUGAGUGGGAAGAAUGGCGUCCCGGCAGACGCUGCGUCGACAAACGCCCUCGUCACACCGGCUACCCAGCAGGAACCCCCUGCCACCACCAGCAAUGAGAGCGAGGAGGGAGUAUCGGCGGAAACACUGAGAGCGUUGUGUACCAAUGCAAGAAACGGGGAUCCUAAGAAACCGGCACGGAGGGAUAUUGAUAAGGAAUUCGGUCGCUUGGUCAUAGACGAGGGUCGGAGUCGGUAUGUGAGCAACAGGCUGUGGGCGAGUCUAGGAGAUGAGAUCGAAGAAUUGCAGGAUAUUUUGGAUCCGUCAUCGUCCGAUGAGGAGGACCAUCCAUCUCCCGACUCCAACUCUACCCACUCCUCCAACCACGACGGGUUCCUUUUCGGAUUUUACUCGAUCUCUCAUUCCCUCCGCCGGUUCCAUCCAGCGCCAAUGACGAUUAUGUUGCUGUGGGAUGUCUACAAAGAGAACGUGGCGCCAUUGGUGCCGAUUUUCCACCGGCCGACGGUCCAGAAGAUGGUUUUUGAAGCCGCCCAGAACCUCGACACGUUGGACAAGCCUUCCGAAGCUCUCCUCUUUGCCAUAUACUUGACUGCCGUGGUCAGCCUGUCGCCGCAGCAGUGCCUGUCCCGCGUAGGACGCGAGCGCGAGGCGCUAGUCUCUCAUUUCCGCUUUGCAAGCGAGCAGGCGCUGGCCAGAGGCAACCUACUCAACACCCAGAACCUGGUGCUGCUGCAGGCGGCAACUCUUUUUCUUGUAGGCGUCCGCCGUGAAGAUGACACCCGGUUUGUCUGGACCAUGACUGCGGUGAUUCUACGUCUGGCCCAGGGCCUUGGGCUGCACCGUGACGGGACCAACUUCGGCCUGAAACCCUACGAAACCGAGAUGCGCCGGCGAUUGUGGUGGCACAUCUCGCUACAGGAUAUACGCUCGUCAGAAGACCACGGCACCGACUCUCAGAUCGACGAGCGGCUGCACGACACCAGACUCCCGCUCAACAUCAACGACGAGGAUCUCGACCCGGAUGCUCUGGAACCCCCACCGGAACGCAAGAGCUGCACGGAUCUCACGUUCUGCCUCAUCCGCUGCGAAAUCACGUCCGAGCUGCGUAGACUGAAUUAUGUGUGUCCCAUCCGCAAUCUUGUGGCCAAUCCGACCGCGGAAGAGCGCGAACGGCAGAUCCAAGCCCUCAACCAUCGCAUCGAGGAUCGGUAUAUCAAAUACUGCAACAUGGAUAGCCCGCUAUCCUGGGUCUGUGCAACUGUCGCCCGCGUCAUCGUCGCGAAGCUGUGGCUGGUGGUGCAUCACCCGCUGACCCGGGUCGACCGCACCGCCAGCCUGACGUCCGUGACGAGGACAAGGAUGCUCCUCACCUCCCUUGAGAUCGUCGAGUUCUCGAAUCUCCUCGAGAACCACCCCAACACGUCCAAGUGGGGGUGGCUCUUCCGCACCAACAUGCAGUGGCACGCCGUCGCCUUCGUGCUGGCCGAGCUCUGCGUCCGGCCCGUCUGCCCCCUGACUGACCGGGCAUGGGCGGCCGUUUCCAUCGUCUUUAUCGAGUGGGAGAAAAACGUCAAGCAGCGGCGCGGUAUGCUUUGGCGGCCUUUAUCACGUCUGAUGAAACGAGCGGCCGCCUUUCGCGCCCAGCAACAGGAGGAGCUGCGAGCCGAGUACGGGCCUAACCCGGGAAUCGAGCAAAUAUCCACCUUCAUAGCGCCCAAUACGGCAAAUCCAAGUUUAACGGGAGCUUUGCCGUCUCCGUUUGUUCCUCAGAUUUAUAUUCCCCAGCCACCACCGGAGCCAGAAGUACCUUCUUCUACUACUAAUACCAAUCCUACUACGGUGCUGCAGCAGCAGCAGCAGCAGCAACCCGGUAUAGCAGGCCUAAAUCCGAGCAUUGAUAUUGAUCUCACUGCAGAUCCACUGACCAUCCUGGAUGGAAUCUUCGCCGGAUCACCCUGGCCGCCUUCUGCCAACGGCGGCAUGUCCGCGGCGAACGCGUCUACUGCCUCUCAAGUAGCGCAACAGCCGGCCGCAGAUCCAAUGGACACCUCCAUGUCGACUGAGUCUGCCGAGCCCCCUCUCGACUGGGAGCAGUGGGGGCAGGUCAUGCGCGAAUUCCAGCUCGACGUGGAACAGGCGCAGGCGGCACGGCCUACCGUCAAUAAUGUGUCUGACUGGUUUGUUUGAUCUCGUAUACCCUCUUUCUAGCGUUGCUGGGGCUAUAGCAGGGAUCUGGUGUCUUUCACUCUCAACUCACUCCAAAAUUGAGUAUCUAGCUGAUAAGCUCAAUCGAAUAUGUUGUAAUAUACUACAUGGCCAGUUUUAUAGAAUUGGUGCUAGUUAGUUUACCACGUAACUAGUAACUAGUUAGUUAGGUAGUUUGGUUACGUAUGUAAUUCCUAUCACGU